AAAUGCAACCACUCGUUUUCGUCACUCACGUUCAAGACGUCGCGGCGCGCGUAUGGUCGUUGGUGGUGGUCACCACCUCUGUACACAGUGGAAAAUCGUAGCAUUGCAUAAACUAGAAUUACCAGACCGGGAAAAAAAAACUUCUAACGACCUGUCGCCGCUCAGAAUCGUGAUGCUACUCGAAUAGUUCGGAGCUGACACCAAAGAUUCACGUUGAAAUUCGACGAAUCCAGAGCGGCUGCUUCUCUCGCGAUGAUGGAAGGAAUUCAAACGGGUGUUGUAAAGUGUGGCGGCUACCGAUACGACGACGGAACUCGCUACAUCGGGGACUGGAACCAGCGAGGCCAGAAGCAUGGCAUGGGAAGCAUGAUGUUUUCCGACGACCGGUACGAUGGCGCCUUUAGUAAUGGCGUCUGUUCCGGAUUAGGAGUGAUGUGUUUUCCAGAUGGAGCAAAGUACGAGGGCGAAUUUAUGCAGGGCUGGUUCCAUGGCCACGGAGUGUUUUGGCGAUCGGACGGCAUGAAGUACGAGGGUGAGUUCCGGGGCGGUCGAAUUUGGGGUCUUGGUUUGAUUACGUUCAGUGAUCAGAGCCACGGAUUCCCGCGAAACGAAGGAUUCUUCCAGGACUGCCGGCUGGUGCGAAAGAAGCGAUGCCCCGAGGUGAUCCAGCGCGCCCAAAAAGUGGCCCUCAUGGCCCGGGCGCAGUGCGACCAAGGAAACUAAACCAUGCCAUAGAGUCUCAUCACGGACGGAGUCGAAUGAGUUGAUGCUUUAAUUAUUUUAAAACGAUUUUAUUGUGUUUUUGUUUUACUAUGUAAACGAAAAAUAAGCACUUCCCUAA